AUGGAUGGAUAUUCAUCAGGCCGCCUUCGAGCGGAUCAAGCACGUGCUAUUGUCCCCGCAGAUUAUGCAUACUCCACAAAAGACCAACCCCUCUUACUGUAUGUUACUUCUACACCUCAAUCCAUUGGGGCACUACUCACACAGGAGAUUGGUAAUCAAGAACGCUCCAUCUAUUACAUUAGUCAUCUGAUCCGUGACGCUGAAGAACGGUAUUCCCUUAUUGAAAAACAUUGUUUCGCCUUGGUCUUUGCCGCGCACAAAUUUCGGCACUACUUCCUCGCCUAUCGCAUCAUUCUCAUCACUAAAUGCGAUCCCUACAGGCACCUUCUCUCCAAACCUAUGCUUACAGCUCAUGAGCUGGUGGAUGAACAGUUACCUCUCGAUGACCUGCAGGUCGCCUCUCUUGAGCAAGCUCAGGAAUGGCACUUGUCUUUUGAUGGUUCUUCCACCACAAAGGGCGGAGGCGCGGGCAUUGUGCUCUCCUGCCCGACCCUCACCUUUAUCGCUGCUGUCAAACUCGACUUCAAGUGCACUAACAAUGAAGCUGAAUAUGAAGCACUCAUCCUGGGGCUAUUAACAGCACUCGAUAAACAGGUCUCCCGGUUAUGCAUCGAUGGCGAUUCAAAGUUGAUUGUCAAACAGACUUCAGAUGCUCUUGCUACGCUCGCCUCCAAACUUGACAUCUCUGGCCCCACACAACAAAUCACUGUUCAUAAACAAACACAGCCUGCCAUCGCCAGUUUGCUCCCUCUUGAAGAUAUCAGUGAUUGGCGUCGCCCAAUUAUCUAUCAAAUGCAGACCUUCACCGGUUCAUUACCCCUUACUCAGCUCAAAUGCUUUCAUCUGAUCCAAGGAGUCCUUUAUCAUCGAUCCCCUCUGGCAUCUUCAGUCGCAGUCUCGGGGACGCCGAGGCUCGUGAAGUUCUUCACCGUGUUCAUCAGCAACAAUGCGCCACUACUGAUAUCGCUCUUUACCGGCGGCUCCAGCGCUAAGGCUAUUACUGGCCUCAAAUGUCCAGUCAGGCUACCGCAUUGCAGCGCGCAUGUGUUGCUUGCCAGAAAUGCCCUGAUGCAACUGAGGUCCUCGAGCUCGAACAAUCCAACCUUGGCCGCCAAGCUCAAGCACCAAGCGCCACGCUUCCAAGUUUGCGAUGGUAGUUUGUUCCGCCUUUCUCGCGAAGGGCACCUCCUGCGAUUCCUUGCUGGUGCUGAGAUCCGUGAAGCACUUCAUCAAGCUCACUCCCUCGAGCAUCAGGGUGCCUACAAAUUAUUUCAACACUUGAUCCACAAGGGGCUCUAUUGGCCAACUAUGGAGUACAAUGCUAAGAUGCUUGUUCAACGAUGUCAACUGUGUCAAUACCAUCACCAUCGGAUCCAUACUCCCCCAACAGUACUUCAUCCACUUGCUGCCCCUUGGCCCUUCCACACUUGGGGUCUGGACCUCAUUGGCCCAAUCAAUCCUACAGUUCAUCAAAUGCAUUGGAUUCUCACAGCUACAGAUUUCUUUUCCAAGUGGGCUGAAGCAUUCCCCUUGCGCCAUGCCACAGGCAUCGCUGUUACAGCCUUUAUUAGUGAAAAUAUCAUUUGCUGGUUCGGCAUCCCAGCGAUCAUCUUCUCAGACAAUGGCACCCCCUUUGUUAAUUAUUGGGUUGCUCAGCUUCUUCAGCAAUAUAACAUCACACAGCGCCGAUCUUCUGCUUACUAUCUCAAAGGCAACGGCCAAGCUGAAGCAACCAACAAAUCUCUCCUUAAAAUCAUCAGUCGCACGGUCGCCGAGCACAAGUCUAAUUGGGUCGAUUAG